AUGUGGAACUCUGGACGGCUUGCCUGCGCCCUUCUCGUUGUGGUCUUGCAAGUGUUUCUGUUUCUCGCGUAUGUGCAUCAUCGGCCGAUUGUUUCGCCACCGGUGACGGUUGAUGGACCAUUCACACUUCAAAGGGGACAGGCGACGCCACUGGUAAGCUUUGGUCGUGUACGUGGCAAGUCACUUCGUCCAAGUACUCCGAGCACCAACCUGUUGCGGCAGGAGGCCCCCACGACUUCAUCAGCUGCAUCUAGGCAGGCCCCUUGCUGGUACGAAGAGGAGAAGACAAGGGGGACUGGACUUAGUUGGUCGUGGGGCCCACCGCUGAAGCUGCACAUGCGCAUGGCAGGAUUUGGGACCAUGGGACUGGAAUUGUCGAACACUGGCCACACAAACGGUCCGCAGGGUUCCAUCCAUCUGGCAUUGGAUGGGCAUCCUUUGCCAUCAAUACCCAGCAACCAGACUUGCAACUUGCUGCUGGCAUUUCGUGAUGCCGAGGACUUGGAAGUUGUGGCACCAAACGCCGACAUCUUCCACUUUGGCAACGACCUGCAAGUGUUUGCUCACCACUGCCCUCGACGUUUGGUAGGGCCAAGUGCUGAAGCCCUGGGUUCCCGCACACGAGCAAACUGUGAGUCGGGGCAGCAGGUGUGGAUUGGAUGGUGCGGGUGCUUCGGUGCAUCCACGUCCAAGCUAGCUCCAAGCUUCGAGGGGCACGAUUGGCGACACGGGAGAAUUGAUGAGGUCAUCAACGCUUCGCAUGCUUUGGUUCGUACUUCCUGCCUGGCAACUUAUGCCCGCUAG